GGCAAAAACUAAACUGUAUAUAUCCCCACUUCUUGAUGCCCCAUGGGGCCUUAAACAUAAGCAAACUUGAUGCAAAACUUGGAGUACAUUGGAGUACAUAAUAAAAAGGAUUGAAGAGCAAGAGAGAGAAGAGAUAGAGAGAGCAAGAGAGAGAGUGUGCCCCGGCAGCAAGCAGCAGCAGCAGGCACCGAGCAAGUAGCGCGCGCGUGAGAGUGAGUGAGUGAGUGUUGUUCAUAUUGUCGUUGUGAACGCAUCUUAUUUACAACGUCAAUGUAUCUUGGUGUGUCCCAAAGAAUAUAGAGCCCAUGGUGGCUCUAAAUAAAAGAAAAAAAAAAUAAUAUUUAUAUAUAAAAAACCACCCAUCAUCGUCGUAUCAUAUUUAUACACAAAAAAAAAUAAAUAAAUAAACAAAGAGCUACUUACAGCUACUUAAUUAGCUCUAAAAAAAUACACUAAAAAUAAAACAAUUUAAACUAAUCCUUUUUUUUAUUUAUUUAUAUUUAUACCUACAUUAGUUUUUUUUUGUCAUAAUAAUUAAAUAAUAUUUUUUAAAAAAAGUGUGUGUGUGUUAUCGUGACCAACGAUACAGACGAGAUUUCAACAUGUAUCCGAGGUAGUGUUUUUUAAUUCGUUGCCUUUUUUUUUUUACAAAUAAUGUUUAAUUGAUAAAAUUAAUGACAAAUUUAAAAUACAAUACAAAAUAGUUGAUUAAUUUUGACAAAUACAUAAUACUUGAAUUAAAAAGUUUAAAAAAUUGAUGAAAAUUUCGAUAAAGAAAUAGUGAGAGUGACAACAACAACGAGGGCGGAUAUGAAAAUUAAUUUUAACAAAUAUUUGAUAUUUAAAAAUAUAAAUAAAUAAAACAACAACGAAAGGUGUGUUUUGGCCUUCAGCAUCUCCUCCUCCUCAUCAUCAUCAUCAACCCCUUCCACUGCCUCUUUGCCUAGUCGUGAUUUGCAAAUGUAAUAAUAAUAAUAAUCAAUUUAAUAAAAUAGUCAAAAGUGCUGACAGUUUUUUUUUUAUUUAAUUUUAUUAUUAUUAUUAUUUUUUUAUUGUGGUCAACUAUUGUUUAUACACCAUCAUAAUACCAUAGUAAUAGUGUGUUAUUAUUAUCUGUGUUAUGUGAAUGAUAAAAAAGAGUGACGUAAAAAUAUAAUUUAAAAAAAAUAUUUAAAAGAUUUAAAAUGCCGGGUUUAAUAGCAGUCAGUGAAUUUGUUGAUGAAACCAGGGAGGAUUAUAAUUCACCAACUACAUCGACCUUCGUACCACGUAUGGCACAAUGUAGACAAACAAUAUCACAACUUGAAGAGAGCCUAGACUUUGACCGAGAAGGACUUACUAAAUUAAAAAAAGCCAUAAAAUCUAUUUAUAAUUCUGGAAAUGCACAUGUUAACAAUGAAAUAUAUCUUGGGACAACAUUGGAAAGACUUGCUGAAGCUGCUGUGAAAGAACAAGAGCCAGAUAUUGGUGCAGCAUUUUAUAAAUUUUCAGUUGUUACCAAAGAACUGAGUGCUUUGAUGAAAACACUGAUGCAGAAUAUAAAUAAUAUUGUUAUGUUUCCAUUGGAUUCGGUGUUGAAAGGUGAUCUUAGAGGUGUCAAAGGAGACUUGAAGAGGCCAUUUGAGAAGGCAUGGAAAGAUUAUGAGACAAAAUAUGCUAAAAUUGAAAAAGAAAAAAAACAACAUGCUAAAGAAGCCGGAUUAAUACGUUCAGAAGUAACACCAGCUGAGAUUGCAGAUGAAAUGGAGAAAGAAAGACGAUUGUUUCAAUUACAAAUGUGUGAGUAUCUUAUUAAAGUUAAUGAAAUUAAAACAAAAAAAGGAAUUGAAUUGCUUCAACAUCUUGUCGAGUAUUAUCACGCCCAGACAAAUUAUUUUCAAGAUGGACUAAAGACAAUUGAACAUUUUGGAUCAUAUAUUGUUGACUUGAGUGUAAAAUUACAAAAAAUACGUCAAACACAAGAUGAAGAAAGACGAAGAUUAACAGAGUUACGUAGUUUAUUAAGAAGUUCUGGAUGUGAUAAAGAAUUAAAUGUAAAUCCAAAUAUUGGUUAUUCAUUGCAUCAAUUACAAGGUGAUAAACAACAUGGUUGUACAAGAACUGGACAUUUAUUAAAAAAAAGUGAAGGUAAAAUGAGAAGAGUAUGGCAAAAAAGAAAAUGUUCUGUACAAGCUGAAGGUUUUUUAGAUAUUUGUCAUGCUGAUGAAAAUAAAAUACCAACAAAAGUUAAUUUAUUAACAUGUCAAAUAAAAUUAGUACCUGAUGAUAAACGUGGUUUUGAUCUUAUAAGUUAUAAUAGAACAUAUCAUUUUCAAGCUGAAGAUGAAACAGAUCAACGUGCAUGGAUGUCUGUACUUGUUAAUUGUAAAGAACGUGCAUUAUUACGUGCAUUUGAUGCAAGUGGUAAAGCUGAAGCUGAUCAAGGUAAUCCAAGUUUAGUUGAAUUACAACAAGCUGUUAUAAGAUGUGUAACACGUUUACCUGGUAAUGAUCAAUGUUGUGAUUGUUCAUCACAAAAUGAUGCAACAUGGUUAUCAACAAAUUUUGGUAUUAUUGUUUGUAUUGAAUGUUGUGGUAUACAUAGAGAACUUGGUGUUCAUAUAUCACGUAUACAAUCAUUAACACUUGAUAAUGUUGGUACAGCACAAUUAUUACUAGCACGUUAUAUGACAAAUCAAUCAUUUAAUGAAAUUAUGGAAGCAACAUUACAUCACAAUUUAAAACCAACAUCAAGCUCAACAAUGGAUGAAAGAUAUGAAUUUAUAAAAGCUAAAUAUGUUGAUAAAAAAUAUAUUAAAAGUACAUGUACUGAUGAAAAAGAUUUACUAUCUGAACUUGAGCAUGCUGUUAAUAAUCGUGAUUUACAACAAUUAUUACAAGUAUAUGCUGAAAAUGUUGACUUAUCAGCAUCAUUACCAACAUCUGAUAUUGGUGAAACAGCAUUACAUCUUGCUGUUCUACGUGAAAUGGGUGGUAGUCUUUAUUUGGUUGAUUUUAUUAUACAAAAUAUGCCAACUGGUGGAAUUGAUAGAAUAACAAAUGAUGGUGAAACGGCAUUACAUUUAUCAGCAAAACAUGAUCGUGCUGAAGCUAUGAAAUUACUUUUACGUGCUGGUGCUGAUCCAACAUUAAAAAAUAAAUAUGAUAAAACACCAUUUGAUAUUGCACAAGAAAUGGGACAUUCAACUUGCAAAGAAUUGUUGAAUCAUGCACUACAACGACAAAAAACACUAUUUGAUAAUGUAAAUAUUGACUGGAAUCUUUCACAUGAUGAAGGCUCAACAGAUUUUUCUGAUGAUGAAACAAUAAUUGAUGAUCGAAAUGGAUGUUUAACGCCGGAAAAGAAAUCGCGUAGUCGACCACCGUCUUAUUUAGGUGGAAGUGGUCCAGGUGAUUCACCAGUUACACUAAGAAGUCGUAGUAGUACAUGUGAUAGUCUACAAGGUGGUUCAUCACCAAGUUCAACAAGUAGACAACAAAUGCCACCACCACCACCACCACAAUCAAGAAAACCAAUUAUUGUUCCAAGUCCAAUAGUACCAUCAGAUCUUGGGCUAAAUAUUCAUGGUUCAUUAAAAAAAAGAAUAGCACCACCACCACCUCCACCACCACCAGUAUCUGGUAAUGGUGCUUGUGGAAUGUUGACUGCACAUUAUGGUACAUUACCAACAUCAUCAACACUAGCUUCAUCAUCACAUAAUAGAACAACAAGUGAACCAAUACUUGCUGGACAAGGAUUACACACUUUACCACAUUCAUAUAAUACUUUAAAUAGUUUAUAUCACAAAAGAUCACCAAGCAGUGAUUCAUCAACUAGUCAUGGAAUAGAUAAAUCAAAUUGUUCGACUCUACAAAGACCAAGAAAUCCACCACCACCAGCACCAGCUAAUACUACAACUGGUCUACCAAAUUCAUCAAGAUUAAGUAAUGGAAGAAGCAGUGAAUCAUUGAGUUCCAUGUGUUCUGAGCAUGGAAUUGGUAAUCCUGUUCCUCCGCCAAGAAAGCCAACAAAUUUAAACUUGAAUGGUUUAAAAAGAUGUCGAGCCCUGUAUGAUUGUGAAGCUGAUAAUGAAGAUGAAUUGUCAUUUCAUGAAGGUGAAGUUAUUGUUGUUACCAACGAACAAACUGAUGAUGACAAUUGGAUGGAGGGUGCACUUGAAAGAGCACCAGAACGUCGUGGAAUGUUUCCAAUAAGUUUUGUUCACAUGUUGCAAGACUAACAUUCAAUAAGUCUCAAUUCCUUGGUGACAAUAACAAAUUCUCCAAGCAAUUUGAGUCUUAAUCGUAAAAAUUAAUAUCAUAAAAAUUAUGGCUACUAAUAUCCAAAUAAUCAUUAAACAAAAACAUUACAAAGAUUACAGAAAAUUAAUAAUAUAAAGAUUGAUAAAAUUUUUAUUUUAAAAAAUUUAAAAAAUAUUAUUAGACUAGUUUUUUUUUAAAUUUUAAUUAAUUUUAUUUUUUUCGUAAUUAAAACGUUGUGAUAUUUUUUUUUAUUAUCAGUCAGCAUUAAUAAAAUUAAAUACGAACAAAAAAAUGAGAAAAAAAAUUUUUAAUAAUAAAAAAAUCGUACAGAAUUAGAUUUUAAUUAAAAAAUAUUAAAUUGAUAUAUUUUUUUUUUGCUUUUUUUAUUUAUUUGUGAGCUAUCUGGUCUGCAUGUAUUUAAAAAAUGUAUUUUUAAAAAAAAACGAGCUGACGAAAAAGGGUAAAAAUUUAACACAAAUUUAAAACGCAUAAAAAAGAAAUAAAAAUUAAUUCACAAUAAAUAAUAUUAAUUACAAAAAUUUAUAUUAUAUUUAAAAAUAUAUAUAUAUCUUUGAUCGUUGAGCAUAAAAGCAAAAAAAAAGUAAAAUAAUAAUUCUAUAUCUAUUGCAUGACACGAAAAGUAUUAUUAAAGUUAUUCAAGACAAGAAUGAAAAGGUCAAAAAAAAAAAAAAUGAUUGAU